CGCCCCUCCCGCCUUCCCGGCGCGAUGACAACCCCGGCUCUGCUGCCUCUUUCUGGGCGCCGGAUCCCGCCUCGCAACUUGGGUCCGUCGUCCUCCUUCCCUCAUCACAGGGCUACCUUGAGACUGUCCGAGAAGUUCAUCCUGCUGCUGAUUCUCAGUGCCUUCAUCACGUUGUGUUUCGGGGCGUUCUUCUUUUUGCCGGACUCCUCGAAACACAAACGGUUCGACUUGGGCUUGGAAGAUGUCUUGAUUCCUCACGUGGAUACCAGCGACGGUGGGAAAAACGCGGGUGGCUUCUUGAUCCAUGGGCAGGGCCACGACCAGCACAGACACAGGGAAGAAGAAGAACGUUUGAGAAAUAAAAUUCGUGCAGAUCAUGAAAAAGCACUAGAGGAAGCGAAAGAGAAACUGAAGAAGUCAAGAGAUGAGAUCCAAGCAGAAAUUCAGACUGAGAAAAACAACAUUGUAAAAAAUUUGAAAAGAAAAAGUAGCAAUCCUCUGCCACCAGUCCCUGUGCCAAAUCUUGUAGGAAUAAACAGUGGAGAUCCAGUGGAUCCAGAUAUACGAGAAAAAAGGGAUAAAAUUAAAGAGAUGAUGAAACAUGCCUGGGAUAAUUAUCGGCAGUAUGGAUGGGGGCAUAAUGAACUGAAACCUAUUGCUAGGAAAGGACAUUCCACAAACAUAUUUGGCAAUUCCCAGCUGGGAGCAAGCAUAGUAGAUGCUUUGGAUACCCUCUAUAUAAUGGGCCUUCAUGAUGAAUUCAGAGAAGGACAGGAAUGGAUUGAGAAUCAUCUUGAUUUUAGUGUGAACUCAGAGGUAUCUGUCUUUGAAGUCAACAUUCGUUUCAUUGGUGGCUUGCUUGCAGCUUAUUACCUCUCAGGACAGGAGCUAUUCAAGAUAAAAGCAGUGCAACUAGCAGGAAAGCUCAUCCCUGCCUUCAAUACACCCACAGGAAUUCCUUGGGCAAUGGUGAAUUUGAAAAGUGGUGUAGGUCGCAAUUGGGGCUGGGCUUCUGCUGGGAGCAGCAUCCUCUCCGAAUUCGGCACACUUCACAUGGAAUUUGUACACCUCAGCUAUUUGACUGGCAACCCUGUCUACUAUGAAAAGGUUAUGCAUAUUCGUAAACUGCUUCAGAAAAUGGACCGCCCUAAUGGACUUUAUCCAAACUACUUGAAUCCAAGAACUGGGCGCUGGGGGCAGCAUCACACAUCCAUGGGUGGUUUGGGAGAUAGUUUUUAUGAAUACUUGUUGAAAGCUUGGUUGAUGUCAGAUAAGAUGGACACAGAAGCAAGGAAAAUGUAUGAUGAUGCUAUUGAGGCCAUAGAGAAGCAUCUUGUCAGAAAGUCUAGUGGAGGCCUAACUUUUAUUGGGGAAUGGAAAAAUGGGCACCUUGAGAGAAAGAUGGGCCAUCUCACAUGCUUUGCUGGGGGAAUGUUUGCCCUUGGAGCUGAUGGUUCCCGAGAUGAGAAGGCUGGACAUUACCUACAACUUGGAGCAGAAAUUGCACAUACAUGCCAUGAAUCCUAUGACAGGACAACUUUAAAACUCGGGCCUGAAGCUUUCAAAUUUGAUGGAGGUGUAGAAGCAGUAGCAGUGCGGCAAAAUGAAAAAUACUACAUAUUAAGACCGGAGGUGAUUGAGACAUACUGGUAUAUGUGGCGAUUCACACAUGAUCCUAAGUACAGACAGUGGGGCUGGGAGGCAGCACAGGCCAUUGAUAAGUACUGCCGAGUGAGUGGUGGAUUUUCUGGGGUCAAGGAUGUCUAUUCCUCAGCUCCUACAUAUGAUGAUGUACAACAAAGCUUCUUUCUUGCUGAAACUCUAAAGUAUUUAUAUCUGCUCUUCUCCAAUGAUGAUCUCUUACCUUUGGAUCACUGGGUUUUUAACACAGAAGCUCACCCCCUGCCAGUUUUACAUCUAGCCAAUACGACACUUUCAGGAAAUAAUGCAUAUCGAUAAAAACUAUUCCAGGAAAAGGACAGGACAAUCUACAUUAGCUGUGUUUUGUUUACAUGGACCACUUCAGAUUUCAGGCUUGAGAGAAGACUUAUGUGUGUUUAAAUAAGACCUUCAGAAUGACGAGAGAAGUACUGCACUCUUAAGCAUGUAGAUAAUUGAAAAAUUCCAUUUUAUAUGACCAAAAUAAUUUGUGCAGUAUAUGGCAGAAAAAGACCUUGUAUAUUUGCAACAGAGAAGGUGGCGCAUGAUGUUUGAAGGAUUCAAAGGCUGGGUUAAUAUCCCAGCCACAGGAACAAGCUGCAACUAUUGAGAUUGACCAUUGUAGUAAACAUUGUCCUGCCCAAAUAAUGUGGAUUCCUGAUAGUUUGUCAUUUGCUUCCCCCCUCCCACUUGGUGGCAUGAGCAAAGCAAUGCAAGGCGACAAAAGUGCACUAAUAGCACCCAGAUUUCAAGUUCUUUGACUGCUCUUUUGAAAUUUCUAAACAUCUUCAUCAGUCUGUUCAGACUGGCAACCAUUCCCAGUGCCUCUGAGACCCUUGCCUCUUUUUAUUAUCAAUAAUACUGUGGAUCAACCAUUUGUUCUUGUUGUUCAUGAGUAAAUGGGUUAGGGAAAGGAUCAGCAACUUCUUUCAGUCUGUCACUUUAGGAUAUGGAAAUCUUCAUUCAGUACAGAGUUGUUUUAAACACCCUCAUGACAAAAUUGCCCAAUGAUAUUUAUCAUUUGGCCAAGAUUUCUUUCAACUAAGUUGCAAUAACUAACAUUUGUCUAUGAAUCCUGGAGUUUCACAAGGAUCUCACUCUUUAUUUGUACAGUAUUCAAAACGUGUAGAGUAAUCCUGUAAAGAGACAGUCUUUACCAAUUUUAAUUCCUUUGAUGAAGACUCACCUGGGUAUAAUGGUGCUUCUUUAGGGAUCUUUUGUAAAAGCUGGAGUCGGCAGAGGAGCUUUUCAACCUUCACACCUAUCUGUCUUUGAAAGUCUGAAAUCUGGUCAUUUGAUCUUCAAGUAUCUGGAAACAAUGUCACCCAAGACAACAGAGAACAGAUCAAAUGGAAUUUGAAAGUAAAAUUUAUUUUGCAAUACAUUUUUGUCACUACUAGAUGUCACAGACAACAUUUUGGGAUAAAAUAGCUUUUUCAAAACUUAAAAAUGGAUCUUUCAGUGAGCUCCCCACUUCUGUUAAAGAAAAACACUUGGGCAUAAUUUUUUUUGGGCAGGAAAUAUAAAAUAUGUGAAUAUUAUUUAUGUAUAUUGGAAUCAAAAUUCUUGAUGAAUACAGAUAACACAUCUUUAUUAUUAUUGUCGGUGGUGGUAUGAUUCCUUUUUAAAAAUACUAAAAUUUAAAAGGCUGGUUGGAAUAGCCUUUGUUGACCAAGUUUUCCUAUUGGCGCUUUAAGGAUAUAACAAUUCAAUUACUGCGAAAGAUAAUUUAAUGCAUGUUGCAUAUUGCAGUCCCAGUGAGAAGAUUGAUGCAAUGCUUACUGCAAAGUGUGGUGCCGGUGAGUCUAAGAAUCUGCCCAGCCCAAAUUGUGUUGCAUUCCACUAUGAAAUCCAUAUUCUACAUGUUUCUGGCCCAUCUAGUUGCAGGGAUAAAUUUGUGGGCCAAUCGCAAUGAACAUAUCCAAGUUGAAUUCCAGAUAUGAGGGCACUGAAAUUCACCUGUCUUGGGUUCUGGCAUACAUUUUAAUGUUCUUCAUAAUCAUUUUUCACAUGUUCAUAUCCAGGCUGUUUUCUCCUUUUCCUCUUCUCAAAAUCAGUAUUCUAAAAUAAGUUUUUAAACCAAGGACAUGUGCAGUUUGAGACAGUAUUACAGGUUUAUAGAAUUUGAAAUAAAUUUUAGUACUGUUGAGUCUUGAAUUGAAUUGUAAGAUGGCAACUGAUGUUACUUAUAUUUAUCCAUAUAAGACUAUAGUAUUUUUAGUGAAAUCUGCGACAAAUUUAUACAUAUCAAAAAUAUUUAUCUGCUGAAAAAUAUACCAUCGGUGACUAAAAGUUCUCAACUCUCAUAGAAUGAAAUUUGACUUAAUUAAAUUAAAUGAAAAUGUUCCAGCUACAUUCUGUGUAUGGAAAUAAUGGAUCAAACAUAAUCAUUGUGUUUGAAAUAUUACAUUAUUAUUAUUUUUCCUUUAAAUACAAACUAAAUAUUUCUUUUUUUCACUUUUGAUAGAACUAUAUGUUGUAAGCAGUGCAAUAUUGUCUUAGGAAUUAUUACACAGACUUCUUAAAUCUCGUUGCAUAAUAGCAUCAUUAAUAGACCCAAUAUUAUUCUGAUGGUCAGUUAAUCUUUCCCUUGCUUUAUUUCCAAAGUUGUUUUUACAGACCACUGUGCAUUUAUUGUACCAGUUUUCAUGUUGCUUCUUUUCUCCUUCCCUUGCUGGUUAUUAAUGUGCAAGAAUGCAGUGAUUAUAAAAUGUGCAAUUAAAAAGUGAAUGUUAUUUCUGGACCACUGCAGGAGAAUGAUAAUUUUAAAUGUAUUACAUUUCUACAUUCUGUGUUAAGAUUUUAUACUUUCUUCUAAAGUCUUUUAAGUCUAAAAAGGCUUAGAAAUUAAUAAACAAAACUACAAGA